AUGACCUUUAACACUUCCCUAGUUGUACAAUGCAAAGAGUCGGCAUACAUACAAUGUGUUCCUCCAAAGAUAGGGCCAUUACCAAAAAAGGUGUUUAAUAUUGUUUAUUUAAGGCGCCCCGGAUGGGCAUCUGCGGAUCUGGCAACGUGUGAAAUAAACCGGUGUAUAAUAUCGGAUGGACCUGUUACACACGAAACAGACAUAGUACUAGUCAACGGAGUGGGUCUUAGGGAUAACUUCAAGCCCCCGAAGAGAUGGCCAAACCAGACCUAUAUUCUUGCCAAUUGGGAGCCGCCGAUGGAAAUUAACUCAGAUUUUUUAAACAAUGAACAGUCUCCCUGGAAUGCUCGCAUUGACCUUAUCAUGAGCUACCGUAUGGAUGCUGAUAUCUUUGUCCCAUACUCUCAUCUUUUGUUUAGACCCAAACCACUGGAACAAAGACCGGAUUACUAUAAGAUCGCCCAGAGCAAGACAAAGACAGCUGUGUGGAUGGUUAGUAGAUGUUCGACGCCUAACAGGAGAAUGGAGUACGUCAAGGAGAUGCAGAAAUACAUCGACGUUGAUAUAUUUGGAGGAUGUGGACAUCCCUGCCCUAGGUCCAGCUCCAACUGCAACAACUGGACGACCACAUAUAAAUUCUACCUCUCCUUCGAGAACUCUCAUUGCAAGGAUUAUGUCACCGAGAAAUUCUUCAAGUUAUUUCAGCAAAACGUCCAUGUGAUUCCUGUUGUGAGAGGCGGCGCUGAUUACCACAAAUACUUCCCUGAGUUUACUUUCAUCAACACUGCUGACUUUAAGACGGCGAAACAUUUGGCUCUUCAUUUAAAACAUUUGGCCUCUGAUCUACAAAUAUACACCAAGUACUUGGAAUAUAAGGACUUUUACGUGUAUACCGGACGUAUCGAUCAUUUAUGUAAAUUUUGCUCGUUCUUGCACAUCCGCAAGUUACCUGCUUCAAAAGCGUACAAUUUGAAAAGAUGGGUUGAUGACAACCAUUGUUACAAUCUUACAGAUAUCUAA